UUGCUGCACAAAGUUCAACAGCCCAGCCUGGACGAUCGAGACCGAUACGAGCCCCUGACGGCAGUGAUACUCUCUGAGACCUUGAAGCUGAUUGUUUGUGUUGUUGUGCUGGGCUUCGGAGGGACACCGCAGCUGGAAAAGGUCAACAGAAUACAGCUGGUCGCCGAUGAUCUUCGGGAUGGCCACCUGAAAGCCGCGGCUCCGGCUAUACUAUACACUAUUGCGGCCGUACUGCAAAGUCUGGGCGCCCGGAAUUUAGAUGGUAUGUCUUUUGUUGUUCUUUCGCAACUGAAGCUCAUCUUGACGCCCGUCUUCUCUGUGGUUAUUCUUCGGCAGUCGUUGACGAUGUUGCAAUGGCUGUGUCUCUUUACGAUAGCCGCAGGGAUUGUUCUGGUCCAAACCACAGCAUCCUCUACCAUGACCCUCGACUUGAGAUACAGUCAAGAUAUAAGAUUGGGGGCCAUUACAAUGUUGAUAUCUGGGACUUGUGUUGCUCUCGCUGGUGUUCUGAUGGAAUCAAUCGUCAAAGUUCCCAACAAGUUCAUUGUGCGCAACUGCCAGCUUGCGGUUUACGCGUGUCUUUGCGCGAGCCUGAGCCUUUUGAUUCGUUUUGCAACAACUACCACAGGCCUUUCGAGGAAUGAUAAUACACAUUUUUUCCAAGGAUAUCAUGCUCUCGUCUGGGUUUAUGUAUUCCUUCAGGCAGCAGGCGGAUUUAUAGUGGCUUGGUCGGUCCGUACCAGCAGUACUGUAGCGAAGAACCAUGCUCAGGCAGUUGGGUUCACGAUUGCAUCCAUAGGCCCGUCAUUGCUGCCACCGCGGGUGGUGUCACUUCAGGUAAGCCAAUAUUUUUGCUGGCUGUAA